AUGUCUAUGCCGCGGCAGGGGGAGAAGCAGCAGAAUGAGCGUCUUCAACUCAUAAUUGCUGAUCUUGUCAAGGAUGAAGAAAACAGGUACUGUGCAGAUUGUGAUGCUAAAGGUCCACGUUGGGCUUCCUGGAAUCUAGGAGUUCUUCUCUGUAUCCGGUGCGCAGGAAUUCACCGGGGCUUAGGUGUUCAUAUAUCCAAGGUCAAGUCACUUAAUCUGGACUCGUGGGAACCCCAACAAGUCGCCAUGCUUAAGGCUGUUGGCAAUCGACGUGCUCGGGAGCUCUAUGAGGCAAGCCUUCCGGAGUUCUUUCGUCGGCCUCAAACAGAUUCAGCACUUGAACAAUUUAUUCGGGCCAAAUAUGAGCAAAAAAGAUACGUUGCUUCAGACUUUGUUCCUCCAAAACCUGACAUGGAAUCUGUGAAAAAGGAUCUCUUGCGGCUGGAGCAACAGAGUAAACGAAAAGCAGUUAGUGCUAGGUCCGUCAACUUACCUCUUCAGAACAGUGAUUCGUCAAAGACCCAGAGUCGGACACUUAAGUCAAUUGCGAAAAGCACCGGUGGCAAUACUGACGGUGUAACGGCUGAUAUUUUGGGUCUUUCGUCGCCCGUGGCUGGCAAGGAUGAUGAUAAAUCCUCUGCUUCGAAAAUUCCAACAAAACAUUCGGAGGCCUUCCAGCAGGCUAACCAGAAGUCAGAAUUGGAGUCCGGCGCUUUCAGUGCAGACCUCGUUGGGAUCAACUUCGGUGAGGUAUCUCAGCCUCCGACGGGAGAGAUGGGCAGCGUUGAGGGGCAGCGCCCUACCAAGGAGUCUAUUCUCGCCCUCUACGCCCUCUCCAAACCCGUUGGUGCGGGUGGCGGACUCCUCUCACCGAGCCUGGUUCAUCCAAAUGUUCAGAACAGAGCGUCCAUGGCUUCGAUGUUCGGUGUGUCUGCUUCAUUCAACCAAUCACCUCCUAUGUACCCACCUCCAGUCUCGCCGAUUGUCUUUGACCGGAAUUUAGUUCAGACUGAGAAGGCACCCACUUCUUCAGACCUCAUUGGUCUGGAUUUUUUCCAGAAUGGCGUGUCACAGUACACCCUCCAACGCAGUGGAUGGAUUCGCUCACAAUGGCAGCCACCACCUCGGGCAUCUCACCAGCGACUGGAGGUCCAGAGUUCUUGCAUCAGCAGUGGAUCUCCUCCCAGACUGCUGCCGCCAACCCCACCUCUGCCCUCAACUCCUCCGCUCAACAAUCCUAUCUUGCUCAGAUUCAGAGUCAGUUGGCUUCAAUGCAGUUACAUAGCAGCGCUGUUGAGUGAAAUUCCGGCUGUGUUCUGGCAAUACAUUAUUCGAUUGCAUAAACGGUCCGUAUUAUGUAUCUUUUUUCUCAUUCUUUCCUCCCUUGGUAGAGAGUUCCCCUCACUUCCUGUAAUCCUUGCCCUUGUGAACGUUUCGCGUCCAUCUGACACAGAUCCCAUUGAAAUCUGUGAAACAUCUAAGGAUAUUUUGGGAACUUAUGAUGAUUCGGAACAUUCAGAAAGGACAAACUCCUCCAGUAUUGGGAAACUUCAGCAUGACAUUAAAAUGCUAUCGAUUAAAGUCUUAGAGAAAGAUAUGGAAAUUAAAAAACUGAAGACCGAAUCUGCUGUGAUGCAAAAUUUGAAACAUCCUUCUGUGUUAUUGGAAAAAUAUGAAGCACUGGAGAAAACAAAUAAGGAACUGAAGGAGGAGUUGAUGAAAGCCAAGAAUGAGCAUUCAGCUGCACCAGCAAGGGCUGUAGAAGCAGAAAAAAUGCAACAAACUUUGCAAGAUGAAUUGAGUAUAUUUCAGGAAUCACGUGGAAACGGAUUGUCCAUGGGUCCUUUCGAACAACUAUAUAAAUCAGAACCUCGUCUAGAAGGAGAAAGAGUCGAGGUUCUGAAUGAGUUGGACCACCUUCGUAGGGAGCAGAACGCACUACAUCAGCGACUUCAGAAUACUGAAAUGGAGAUGAGGCGUUUCCGAGAAGAAGUGCCUAGUCUCUAUACAAAGCCUGAUCAUGAGCUUCGUCUUUUCAGUCACCGGCCCGAUAUCCUCACGAAGACACGUGUUGUCAGUUUGGAAGUACAGCUGAAUGCUGCCUGCGCUGCCCGCAAUGAUGCCCUUCGUCAAGUGGAGCGACUGAAUGCAAAGUUUGAGGCCGCUUCAAAAGCUAUCUAUGAGAUGGACGCCUCACGAAAAGCGGAAUUGUCUCGAAUGGAAGUGCAGUUGGCCGUGGCCUCGCGCAAGUUAGCAGCAUAUGAACAGGUUGAGGCGGAGUUGGACCGAGCUAUCGAGAACUUCGCGUCCACUGGGAUGAUGGAGAAGGGGGAGGGCUCGGAAGCGUUGCUUCACCACUUUAGCUUGUCGAAAAGCGACGGAAAGCCCUUGCUUCCCACUCUGGCUUCGAGGCGUUUAGAGCACUGUGUCAAAAUUUCUCGUCAGCUUGCCAAAUCUGAAGAGGUGCGGCGCUCCCUUGAGACUGAAAACAAAGAACUGCGGAUGAACCUUAAGACGGCUGAAGACGAAGUGAAGCGCCUAUCUGAACUGUUAGCCAACACAGAUAAGCCAACGAAUUGCCUGGCGUCCGCACUUGUAGCACGGGAUUCCCGUAUCACUGACCUCCAAACGACCAAGCGUAAACUGGAAAGCAAGCUGCGCAGACUCUACGACUGCACCAAGAACAUCGUGAUGGAACACAAUGCCAUGAUCUCCGAUCUGAAGAUCUAUUUCGAGCGGUCAAGUCAGGGGACACCAGAAGAGGCCUCCGCUGACAAACUCCCCCCACUCCUGAUGCAACUACAACGGAAGGUCCGCCGUGCGCGACCGUAA